UGUUCAUACACAUUGUAAUCUCUCUACUCGAUUGCCAAAUUUGUGGGGGGAAAAAUGCCUCCAAUUCCCAAGCUUUUCAUCUUCCUAUUCGUCCUUGUGUCUUCAUACUUCGCCAUUACGACCGAAGCUGGCCGAGCCAUCCCGGGGCACAAGCCAGCGAGCCUCGCAGCUCGGCUGAAGGUGGCAGAGAACGGGUCGGACUCAUCAAACUGCUGGGAGUCGAUGUUCCAGCUACAAGCAUGCACCGGUGAGGUGAUCAUGUUCUUCCUCAACGGGGAGACUUACCUGGGUCCUAGUUGUUGCCAAGCCAUUAGGACCAUCGAGCAUGAGUGUUGGCCCAACUUGUUGUCUUCGCUGGGGUACACAACCGAAGAGGGCGACAUUCUCGAAGGCUACUGCGAUGCUGCCGCCACCCUGCACCCGCCGUUGGUGGUGGUGCCCAACAAGGGUGUUCCAAACGUUGGAGGGUGAUCAUUUGAUUUGGGGACAAGCUAUUUGGGUCAUUAUGGAGAUGUUUCUCAUAAAUAAUGUAGUGUGUUGGGCUUUGGGGUUUGUUUUCAUGAAGUUUGAGUUUGCUGGGUCGAAAUUAAUCAGCAGUGUCCCUUAAUGUCUGCUUGUUUUUUCGUGGGUCAAGGGUUGGUUUGUUGAGGUAGAGUAAAAGGUCAUGGUCAGAGUCAGGCUUCCGAUGUUUGUCCUUCACUUGUAGUCACGCAUGUUUAUAGAGAUCCAUGUUAUCCCAA